AUGAAGACGCGGUCCCUGCUAGUAUCACGGUUCCUGCUGUUGGUGCUUGUCCCUAUCUUAACUGAGGCUUUUAGUAUUAGCAGAAGCGGUAAUAAUGUUACCCUCACUGAUUGCUCCUUGAAUAUAUUUCGUGAUGGCAUAAAAUUGUCUCAAAACGGUGAAAAUUAUAGCCUAUUAGUCACCAAUAUUACUGAAGGUGUAUAUCACUGUGGCAUUAAUGGUGCUAAUGGUGUUCUUGGCACUAUAACAGUCCUCCGUCAAUUUGUACAAAAUGAUACUGUAGUACCUAAAACUUUUGUUUGGGGACAACGUCAGGUUCUUGACUGUACUGGCUAUGAGAGUGGAAAUUAUCACAGUGGCUAUAAAGUUGCAUGGUUGCUAGAUAACCGUCAAAGAUGUAUUGAAGACUCUGCCUGUGAAAAUAACUUCAACAUAAUCGACAAUAAUUUCAGUUUAAGUUUUGAUUACUAUCCAACUUUCACCACCUAUCAAUGUAAAAUUGAGUCAGAUGUGGAUGAGUCAUUAAUGUCUGUCACAGUAGCAUUCUACACAUUAAGUCCUUCAUAUAAUAAUCACACUCAAACUAAAUUUAUCGAAAACCUGAAGCCAGUUCUAGUCAAGAAUGGCACGAAUAAAGUUAAAUUCUCUUGCUCUGCUUCAGUACAAAACAAUGCUAGCAUCAAUUUUGAAGCAUCUGAAAUGUUUGGAAAUGAGCUUAUCAGCCCUGCUGAAUGUGAUGUAAUCACUAACAACCCAACCGUUCGUUCAUGUAAUAAGAGAUUACAUGGCAUGAAUGUCAUGAUAAUGUGUAACUAUUCUACCAGCUACGAGAUCCAUUGUACUUUCUCAUGGAAUUUAACAAACAGCAAUGAAAGUAGAGUCUAUCCAGUUGCUUGCCAUGUCAAUGAUGGUACAACUGAGGCUAGUAUAAGAACAGAACUCAUUGUCAGAGAGUGUAACAGCCCUUGUAAUUCUGGACUGAUGAAGUGUACUGGAGAAGGUGAUACUGAUUGUUGUUUAUCAUUUGCUGCUAACGGUCAGUGUAUUUCUACCACUGACUGUGCAUCAUCAUUAGGUUCUAACUAUGUUGCUACUGAGAGUAAUAACUUCACUUGCAUUUGUAAUCUAACCUGCUCUGCUGGUUAUACUGUUAAUUCUAAUUGUACUGGCUGUGAUUUUACUAGUAUCUGUGAAAAAGACAGUCCAUGUUCAUGUGCAGUGCCUAAUUGUUCAAGGUGUCUAAACUCCAGUUGUUGUACUGAGUGUCAAUUAGGAUAUGAAAUAAAUGAGUGUGAAUGUAAGGCAGCAAGUUCUUUAUCAUCAGUAGACCUUUAUGAAUCAGUUUCUUCUUCACUUGAUUCAUCAGUGACGAAUCUUCCCUCAACUGAAACUUCUCAGUUACUAUUAUUAACACUAAUAAUUGUAGCUCCUGUUUUAUUUGUGCUAGUACUCUGUGCUUGUAUUAUCAUAGUAUUUGUGAUUGUGAUAAUUGUUAGGAGGAAAAGAGAAAAGGAACGUUUGGAUUUGAACUCGAGAUUUGUUGACGCCUCCAGAAUUCCUCUGGAUUUGAAUUCAGCUUAUCAAAAAGUACAUCAUCAAAAAGAUGAUACAUCUACAGAUGACACUGUUAUUGAGCAGUUGUUGAUGAAAUAUUUAAUACCGUCUUCACAGAUUGAUAUACAAGAAACCAUUGGCCAAGGUGAGUUUGGAAUUGUUUAUAAAGCAACUAUAAUAAUGGAUAAAAGUCGACAAGAAAUUGCUUUAAAAACACUCAAAGGAGCAUUUUCAAAAAGUGAUGUCAAUUCUCUUCUUGAAGAGUGCCUACUAAUGUCAAACUUUAAUAAUCCUAAUGUGCUGUCUCUCAUUGGUGUGUGUGCUGACCUGGGAUCAGCUCCAGGCAUUAUCUUGCCUUAUAUGUCAAGAGGAAGUCUAUUGUCUUACUUGCAGAAAGAGAAAUCUCACCUUAUAGUGGGAGAAACCAGUGAAGAAAGCACAGUGCUAAAUGUUAGGAAACAAUUGCUCUCUGUGUGUCUUCAAGUUGCUAAUGGAAUGAAUUAUUUAGCUUCACAAAGGUUUAUUCAUCGUGAUUUUGCCGCUCGUAAUUGCUUGAUUGCUGAUAAUGGUGUCAUCAAAGUUGCUGAUUUCGGCCUAUCGGAAGAAGUUUACACAAAAAAUUACUUUAAUCAAUUUAAAGAGUCAAAAUCUGUUAAACUCCCAGUCAAAUGGAUGGCACUUGAAAGUCUCUACUAUGGAAUAUUCUCUGAAAAAUCAGACGUGUGGUCUUAUGGUAUUUUAUGUUGGGAAGUCUUUAGUGCUGGGAAAAUACCAUACCCUGGUAUGGAUCCAACAGGAUUAGUGGAACUAUUGGAUGGUGGGCAAAGGUUAAGUUGUCCUCAUAAUGCAGCCUGCUCAGAAGAUGUUUAUUCCUUGAUGCAGCAGUGUUGGCGUGAGUCUCCUGAUGACAGGCCAUUGUUCAGUGAUUUGGUUGCAUCAGUCAAUGCUCUCAUUAUGCCAUUGGCUCCAUAUCUCAUUGUCUCCAAUGACUCAACCUUCCAACUGAAUCAUGAUCACAUAUAUUGA